GACCGGUCUGGCAGUACGCAGCCACCAAGCAGCCACAACACGACAUUCGUGGCAUUAAUUGUCUUCAAGAUUAUUAGGUCCUGUCUGCUUUCAUUUGAACGUAUUCAUCAUGAGCAAGGAUGCUCCAUUUACCUCCACCGGGACCGGUCUUGCGACGUGUCCACACAUCGAAUCGCACCCUCUAGAUAAGGAGGAAUCUGUACAGAAGAUUAGGGCACUCGGAAUCUGGAAUAUUCGACGUCUCAAUCAUGCCUCACGCCCCGCAAAGCGUCGCAAGUUAUCUUUUCCAAUAUGCGAUACUUGCCAAUCCACUCUGCGACCGUUCGCGUGUUUGCACUGCCCUUUCACCGGGUGCUGGAAUGAAGGUCAUAUGAGGGACCACGUUGAAGAGGCCGGUCAUGACUUUUGUGUCGACGUCAAGACAGGAUUCAUCUACUGCAACGCGUGCACUGACUUCGUUUAUGAUAGUGCCACAGCACGUACAUUUGCAAUUGCAACAAUUGGUGCAGAAGAGAUAGUGGGAGCGGCGAGGAAGGACCGGCAGCCGUUCGAACCCUGGAAGCCCAACCGCAAAGAAAGUGCGAUGCUUGAGGCGGCUAUCUCUAUGCCCUGUCAAGCACGACGCGGGCUCCUGAACCUCGGAAAUACAUGUUUCAUGAACGCAAUCUUGCAGUCCUUCAUCGUCAACCCACUGCUUCGCGACUUUUUUCUCAGCGAUAAGCACAACCACUUGCUAUGCAAGAACAAAGAUUGCACCUGUUGCGAGAUGGAUAAGCUUUUCUCUGAGAUGUACUCGGAGAAUGCAGCACCAUAUGGUCCCGCCAGCUUCCUGGCGACGACGUGGCGCGCUUCAGCGGAGCUGUCUGGAUACGCGCAGCAAGAUGCACACGAGUUCUUCAUGGCCGUCUUGAAUCACAUCCACUCAACGAGCCGAGGUUCAACCAAAUUCCAGUGCAUUUGCAUUGUCCAUUCGAUAUUUGCAGGGCUUUUGCAGAGCGAUGUCAAGUGCGGUCGGUGUGGCAACGUUACAAGCACGUCAGAUCCCAUGCUGGACAUCAGUCUGGAAUUGCAGGACAAAGGUAGCGGGGGACACGCCGAACACGAACUGACCCUUGCUUCCUGCUUGCGGAGGUUUACUCAGCCGGAGAAACUGGGCCCGAGCGGGUACGAUUGCGCCAAAUGUGGGAAACCUUCCCAUGAGGCGAACAAGCGACUGAGCCUCCGAAAGCUGCCGCCCGUCCUGAGCUUCCAGUUCAAGCGCUUCGAGCACAAGUCCGGAGACAAGACGGCGGCACAGAAGAUUGAGGCCCAAGUCCGAUUCCCGUCGAGCAUCAACAUGGCCCCUUACACCUCUCUCGCUAUGGCUGUGAGAGAGCAGGAGGGGACGGACGGAGUACCAGACUCCGCUUCGUCUUCCCUGCCGGGGCCCGGCAGUAUGUAUGAAUACGAUCUAUUCGCCGUGGUCUGUCACGAAGGCCAGAUCAACAAUGGGCACUACACGUGUUUCGCUCGCUCUCAGGAUGAGUGGUACAGGUUCGAUGACGACAAAGUCUCACAUUCGAGCCUUCGAGCAUGCUUGAGUUCACAGUCUCAGGCAUAUAUGUGCUUCUAUGUCAAGAAGCACCUGGAUUACAAGCCGUAUGUGACCCCUUCGUACAAAAUUGCAAGGGCAGCAGAAGCAGUGAAGGAGAAGCAAAGAGAAGAAGAGAAGGAGGCUGCUCGUAUGCGGGAAGUUGAAGACGCGCUGCUGGCUACAGUCUGACAACAAGUUGCAUACAAGUCGCGCCAGCUCAUGAGCUGGUGAACCGAGUCCGUAUUAAUAGCAUUAGCAGAGCGCGCUACCAAGUGUAUAGAUGUGAUACAAAGUGGUGAGGUAUAUGUGUGCAAUCGAUAUACAAUGAGGAUGGUCUAUGGACAGAACAUGUGGAAGCAAUGCGGAGAAAUGGUGGAAUGAAAGCGAAAGCGAUAGUAUGUAAAAUCAAUGGGGAAGAAUAUCGUUGAGCUCGCCCUCCUUCACCCGGAUUUCCACGA